AUUUCUAUAAAAUCCAAACUGAAAAUAAUGAAAAUUGAUUUUUGUUGUUUUUUAAAUCAAAUUGAAUAAUUUAUCAUCAAAUUAUCAGUUUAGUUAUUUACUUAUUUUGUUGGUAAUUAUUUUCACAAAAUAAAUUCGAUAAUUCAUGGAUAAAACCAUACAUUACAGAUACAUUGGUGCGAUCUAAUAAUAAGUAAUAUCUAUAGAUAUUUUAUUUAGUGCACAAUGUAGUUAAACUUGGAAUGUUUUCAAUGUAUGAGUGUUUGUAUUUUUAUCUCAAUUUGUCAAGGACAUGUUUAUAAUAAAUCAUCGCUACCCAAGGCAUUCGUCAAAUUCUGCAGGCUACGGAUCAUGCUCUUCAGCUGGCGAUGAACACUUGACCUUACGAUGGAGCAUCGAGAUGGAUGGGGAGGCGGAGAUUUGGGUGCAGCUGAAAACAAUACCGAUCGCUUGCAAGCAGCUCGUGAUCGCGUGCGUAUCGAAUUUUACGCUACUUAUGACGUCAUGACCGGUGUGCGCAUAGCCGCCACCUUGGGCGGCUUUUUCGCGCUAAUGGUAUUUCUGAUUGUUUAUAAAAGCCGAAGCAAAUCUGUAAAGGCUCUUAACGAUCCAAAAAUAGUAGAACUAGCUGAGGCAGUGGUUGCUGAAGAGCAAGCGGUUGAAGAAGAGCGACAGUUAACGGCGGCUAUAGAAGAGGCUUUAUCAGAACGAGCCCGUUCACGGCCUUCUAUUAGCGAAGAACCGCCUUGGCCACGGACUUCUCGCUUCGCAUCGUACGGCGGUGGUUAUGGAAGUUUGUUGGCACCACCUCGUCGUUUAUCAACUCUUCGUGGUGAUUCAUUACCGGGAUCUGCAUUACGAUUUGCAGAGAGGCGCCCCUCAGGUGGAGCUAGGGAUAGACGAUUAAGCUCCGCGACUUGCUCAAGUUCUGGAAGUUCGUAUUUGGAACGUCGUGGUUCGUCUGUAGUGUGUGCUUUACCAGAGCGUCGGUUGUCGCCAUGCCCAAGUGAGCGGUUAGCACCACUAGCCUCAGUGGGUAGUGUGGGGCCGUCUUAUGCGGUAGAAUGCGAGUUAGUAUCUGUGGGCGCAGACUCUGUGUUUGCUGAAGAUGAAGCAGACUCUACGGAUGAUGAGGUGGAGCAAUUUUCGACGGAUAGUGGUGGCGGUGAGGCAACGGCACUCGGCGAAAGUACUGAGUUAACGAGUCGACCCACGCCGCUACCGUUGAGGUUAGAUCGUGCCUCGCACUCGCGAGAAACGUUGUUCUAGUCGCUGGCACAUGUUGCCGACUGUUACAUGUUACUGGUACAUGAAAGUAUCGACUUUUUUUUAAUAGUAAUUUAAUUUGAAUUCGCAUUUAACUUGAAAAGAACAUAUCAGAUUGAACUUUAAAAGCACAUAUCAUUUAAAGUUACAAAUCAAGAGAUCGGUCAGAUACCAGAGAGAAUGGAAACGCAUAGGAGCACGUUAUUUUUUUUAAUAAGUAAUUAAUUUGUUUAAGGAAUGACAAAUUUAGAAAUAUUUAAACUAUAAAAAUAAAUUGUUUUGAAGCUAUUCUCGCGUAAAUUGGCUUAUCAAUUGCUUCCUUUUAAAUAUUAUAAAAUAACAAAAGUUAAAAGAAGAAAGUCGAUAUUUUAAUGUUUAUAAAAUUAGGAAUAGUAUGUAAAUAGUUUGUUUUUGUUAAUAAAUUGAUGUUUCGCAAUGUUGAUGUUCACAGAUUACGAUAAACUGUAAUUUACAUGUAUAUUUAUAGCCGGAUGUAUAUUAUCGCUCGUUUUUUUGCUAACAGCCUAGUUGAUUGAUAUGGUGGUGUGCUGGUGUCGUUCAGUCUCGGAACUUAAAAUCCCUUUACCAUUAAUCCUGUGGCAUGUACACCGUCUAGUGUUCUUUGUAAAAGUAUUAGAAAAUAAAGAUCUGCCGAAUUAGUCUUUUAUAGGCGCAUUAAAUGUAUGUACUUACUAUUAAUAGGCAAGUUUAAUAGUUUUCGAAGAAUUUUUA